AGGACCAAAGAUUGGUUAAUAUGAACUUUUUGCCAAGUGGAAUAUGUUUUUAUUUAUCUGUGGCAAUCUGCUGGCUGACGGCCGAGGUCGAUGCGUCCUGGUGGUACAUGGGCACCCUGGGCUCCCAGGUGAUGUGCGACAACGUCCCUGGUCUGGUGAACAAGCAGCGCCAGCUGUGCCGCCAACACCCCAGAGUGAUGCAGGCCAUCGGGGCCGGGGUGAAGGACUGGAUCUCAGAGUGCCAGCAUCAGUUCCGCAGCCACCGCUGGAACUGCAACACCACGGCGAGGGACCACAACCUGUUCGGACGCCUGCUGCUACGCAGCAGCCGCGAGGUGGCCUUCGUGUACGCCAUCUCCUCGGCCGGUGUGGUUUACACGUUGGCGCGAGCCUGCAGCCAAGGCGAGCUGGACUCCUGCUCCUGCGAUCCCACUAAGAAGGGCUCGUCAAGGGACGCCAAGGGCUCGUUCGACUGGGGCGGCUGCAGCGACCACGUGGAGCACGCCAUGCGCUUCAGCCAGGCCUUCGUGGACGCCAAGGAGAGGAAGGAGAGGGACGCGCGCGCACUCAUGAACCUGCACAACAAUCGAGCUGGCAGGAAGGCCGUGAAGCGCUUCAUGACUCUGGAGUGUAAAUGUCACGGCGUCAGCGGGUCGUGCAGCGUACGGACCUGCUGGUUGGCCAUGGCGGACUUCCGACGCACCGGCGACCACCUACGGAAGCGGUACAACGGCGCGGUGCAGGUCGCCGUUAACCAGUACGGCACUGGGUUCACCGCGGCACACGCGCACUUCAAGCGGCCCAGCAAGAACGACCUGGUGUACUUUGAGGACUCGCCAGACUACUGCAUACGAGACCAUGAGUCAGGGUCGGUGGGCACAGGAGGGCGGGUUUGCAACCGGACGUCUCGCGGCGUGGACGGCUGCGAGGUGAUGUGCUGCGGUCGAGGCUACGACACGUCGCGGGUCAGCCGGACCACCAAGUGCGAGUGCAAGUUCCACUGGUGCUGCGCCGUGCGCUGCCGCGACUGCCACCAGCAGGUCGACGUCCACACCUGUAAAGACCAGACGUGA